UUUUAUGUCUAUUGCUCACUGGAUUAUUGUUUUAACAUCUUCUAACUUUAGACUGGAGUCUGGAUUUAGAAUCUAGAAACCUAGAUCUAGAUCUAGAUCUAGAUUAUAUCUUAAACUAGUCUAGCUAUAAGUUAGUUCAAGGCCCAAGUCAUAGAGUCUACAUAGUUUAUUAUGUUUAAUCCUGUCUUAGUUUUGUCUAAAAGUUGUUCUAAAUUCUAAAAUCAUGGUUAACUACAAACUUUUGUGAGAGGUGAAAAAAAAAUAAUUAUGAUUUGUCUCUUUAAUGACUUACUAAAAGUUUGUAUGUAAUGGUUUAAGAAGGAACUCUUAUAACAUCAGCUGAUCAGAGAAUGAGUCAUAUAUUUAAAACAGUGAGAAGAUGAAAUGAUUGAGGCAGUUUGUUUGAAUGAGCAGACUGAAAAUGAAUCGACUUGAAACACCUAUGGAACGGUCAUCCUCACCUGCAAGGCUUGGAUAUACCUCUGAUAAACAUCCUAGACAUACACUGGACACUGUCAAUGUUCUACGCAAACACAGAGAGCUGUGUGAUGUCAUUCUUUUAGUCGGGUCUAAAAAGAUCUUUGCUCACAGAGUAGUUCUCUCAGCAUGCAGUCCCUACUUUCAUGCCAUGUUCACUGGGGAGUUAGCAGAAAGCCGUCAAACGGAAGUCACUAUAAAGGAUAUAGACGAAACAGCGAUGGAACUUCUAAUAGAUUUCUGUUACACGUCUAGCAUAACAGUUGAGGAAAAUAAUGUACAGACCCUUCUCCCAGCUGCUUGUUUAUUGCAGCUUGUAGAAAUUCAAGAUGUGUGUUGUGAGUUUUUAAAAAGGCAGCUUGAUCCUUCCAAUUGUCUAGGCAUCAGAGCAUUUGCUGACACUCACGCAUGUCGAGAUCUUCUUCGAAUAGCAGAUAAAUUCACACAGCACAAUUUUCAGGAGGUAAUGGAGAGUGAAGAAUUCAUGCUCCUUCCUGUCAAUCAACUAGUAGACAUAAUAUGUAGUGAAGAGCUCAAUGUUCGGACUGAAGAACAGGUCUAUAAUGCUAUUAUGAAUUGGGUGAAAUAUAAUGUGCAAGAACGAAGACAGCAUUUACCCACGGUUUUGCAACAUGUCAGGCUACCUCUAAUGACUCCCAAGUUUCUGGUGGGUACUGUGGGGGCUGACCUAUUGAUCAAGAGUGAUGAAGCGUGUCGAGAUCUAGUUGACGAGGCUAAGAACUACUUGUUGUUACCUCAAGAGCGCCCUCUCAUGCAAGGGCCAAGAACAAGACCAAGGAAACCUAUCAAGUGUGGUGAAGUCUUGUUUGCCGUUGGGGGCUGGUGUAGUGGAGAUGCCAUCUCAAGUGUAGAGAAGUACGACCCUGGCAGCAAUGAGUGGAGGCUGGUUGCCCCCAUGAGUAAACGAAGGUGUGGAGUGGGCGUGGCCGUACUCAAUGACCUUUUGUAUGCCGUGGGUGGUCAUGAUGGUCAGUCAUACCUCAAUAGCAUAGAAAGGUAUGACCCACACACCAACCAAUGGAGUUCCGAUGUUGCUCCAACUAGUUCCUGUCGCACAAGUGUGGGUGUAGCAGUGCUUGGUGACUUCCUAUAUGCAGUCGGUGGACAAGAUGGUGUAUCCUGUUUAAAUUAUGUUGAAAGAUAUGAUCCACAAACAAAUAAAUGGCAAAAGGUGGCCUCUAUGAGUACAAGGAGGCUUGGAGUGGGAGUGGCAGUGUUGCAAGGCUAUUUGUAUGCUGUUGGUGGGAGUGAUGGGACUUGUCCACUCAAUACAGUUGAACGCUUUGAUCCACGGAACAACAGAUGGACACCAGUUGCCCCAAUGGGGACAAGGCGCAAACACUUGGGGGUGGCUGUCUUCCAGAACAUGAUCUAUGCUGUUGGGGGACGAGAUGACACCACAGAACUCAGCAGUGCUGAGAGGUACAACCCACAGAAAAAUGCCUGGGAGCCAGUUGUUGCUAUGACUUCUAGAAGAAGUGGGGUUGGACUUGCUGUUGUCAAUGGGCAGUUAAUGGCUAUUGGAGGAUUUGAUGGGACAACCUACCUGAAGACAGUGGAGAUUUAUGACCCUGAACAAAACUGUUGGAGAAUAGUUGGUAGCAUGAACUAUCGCAGGCUUGGGGGAGGUGUGGGGGUGGUCAAGCUGCCACAGAACGACACCCAUCUAUGGUAACUGUUUGGUCACUAUUGUAGGAACAGAUCUACUCAACUUGAAUGGUAGUGAAACAGCUUCUGCGUGAUGGUUUGCAUGACUAAAGCACACAGAGUGAAUAUUGAACAGCAGCGACAGGUGUUGGGUGAUCUGUGAUGACCAGCUAUCAUUGUGGCAUUACCCUCAUCCUACUAGUCCCAAUUUAGUUGACACACAAAAGCUUAGAAACAGGCUCUAUUUUAUACAGUUUUACACAAUCAACAGCAGUGUCUUUGAUGACUGGGUAGUUUUAAUUAUCAUUCCAUGUUAACAGCCUCAAGAAUGCUGAGUUGCUUCAUCAUAUGGAGUUUGAUAUACAAGAUCUAAACAUUGCUGGUCUGAACCCACACACUGGCAGGGUCAGUAAUUUGACCACAUCUUUGUUAGAUUCUAGUGCACUGUGUGUUCAUCUACACAAUUUACCUUACUAUUUAAGUCUGUUUUCAACUAGGGAGUCUGUAUUGCAAAUUUAAAACAGGUUGACAUUAUUAGUUCUGCUAUUUCUUUACUGUAAAUUGCAGUUUAGUUUUUAGUCACAUUUUUUUGUUUUAGACGUAUAAGUUUUAGCAAGUAAAACAGAAAGGCACAAAUGGUUAAAAAAACAAAACAACCAAAAACAAGCGGAAGCUUAAGAAUGGUUGAAAUUUUCAAAUUCCCUUCCUGAAGUUGCCGCUGAUCUGUAUCUUAGUGUUUGUAAAGAGGAUUGUGUAUUUCUGUUGAAAUAAAGCUUGCGUACAAACACUGUUAUAAUUUUAAUGUCACCUGUUAAGAAAUGGCAUUGACUUUUACAAUUUUUAACUACCUGCCAAUUGUCCCAUAUUUAUGAAGUGUCAGGCCUCAAAUGUUAUUUAUCCCUUUCUGACUUCUUGUACUUAACUAGCUUUAAAUUCUUGUCCUCUGUGUAUAGUAGAAUGCUCUGCCUCAUCUAAACCUUUUAACUGUGGUGUUAUGUUUUUUAGAGUAUUUAUUUGUUUAGAUUUGUUCAGUUAUACUGCCAGAAAUUGAAAUGCAAUAUGGUGCCAUAAAUCAGGCUUCAAAACUGGAUUGAAAAAAAAAAAUACAUUUUGGCUUGAAUUCUCACUAAAUACCCUGUGUAAAUAUUUUUAAACUGUCAGAACUAUAUUACUGUGAGAAAAGCCUAUUUUAACAUGAAAUGUGAAUAAAAGAAAUGUUAAUACCAGCUCCCAGCCGAUUGUAUGAUUACAAUUAUUUUAAAUUUUUAUGUGUAAAGUAGUUUUAACUUUACCGUUUGAUUCAUUUUUUUAAGCACAAGUAAGCCAGAAAUGAGUGGGUUUUUUUUCCAUUUAAAUAAAAUGGAAAAAAUGAAUGCAUUUAUAUAUAGUAAUAGAGUGUAUAUCUUUCUAUACCACUGUCAAUGUAUGUUAUAAAAUGAAUAAGUUACAGCAAGUUGCUCAACAGACUUUAGCAAGCAAUGCUUGGUUGCCGACACAGAGCAACAUUGAAGGUUGACCACACUGAGGGAAUAUAAGUUACCGAAGCUUGUCGAACUGUGGUUGGAUUGAGCUCCCUUUGUUUUGCUAUGCAUCCUUUUUCACUCAACUGUAAAUGUUAUUUAUGAUUGUAUGUAUGUACCUAAUGAAGAUGUAAAUAAAUUCCAUAUUCUGAACAA